UUUUGAUAAGCGUUUACAGAAUAACAUGCAGUCAUAUUAGCAGCACGUUCUUAUGAUGGCGACGAAGAUAUACUUAAGUAUAAUAUGUGCAAUAUUUAUUUUCCUCGUCGGACAGUGUAAACCGGCAAUCUGGCUGAGUGUCGGAGAGAAUAAAUGCUAUACAGCCUAUGCAACGCAUGUCAUGAGAUUUUUAAUUGCUUCACAAUGUAACAACCUAGGGUGGAGACCUGCUGUCCCAAACGAUAUACAAAGCAACAACUAUAUUCUGGAGAUUGUCAGUACUUCUCUUAACCGAACAAAUUGUCAACCAGGCGGAAACUCUACUGAUAAUUGCUAUGUUUGGCUAGGACUAAUCAAUUUUUAUGGAACUCUGAAAAGAGAUGAUAAUUCUCAAGCUGAAUUUUCAAAUUGGGAAUAUGGAUAUCCAUCUAAAGAAAAAUACGCUUAUGUUGCAAUGAAUAUUCUCAAUGGAAAGUGGAUAGAUGUAGAAUUUAACGACCCAAGACAUUAUGGAGUCAUACUGGAAAACUAUGAGUGCAAAAUGUUACCGGGUUCCGGAUACGACAUGGUAAACGAUGGGGAUGAUAAUUUAAAAAUGGCCUUUAUAUGUGUAGGAGCGGCAAUGUUCCUAUUAUGCGUUAUAGAAUUUUACUAUAUAAUAAUGUUAAAAAGGAAACAUCGGAAGACUAACUCAAGAAAUGAAGUUUCACAUCGGACACAGCGGCAAUCAAGCUUGGAGCAGAAUAUUUUAUAUAGCAUGGCCCAAGAUGACGAAAUUAUACGAAGCCAAGGAAACACAGGAAAUGAAAGAGUCUGUGAUAAUAUCUACGCACAUGCAUACUGAUGAUUACCAAUAAGACUAUGGCUGAAUUGCUUUAUUUCCGUAACAUAUUUUGUGGUGGGCCUAUAUGAAAUGUGAUACAGGCCACUGAACAACCGCAUCAAAUUAUGAUUCCAGCAGAAAUGAAACUUAGCGCGUUUGUUCAUAUUUUAUUUUUUGUUUUUGCUUGAAAAUAUUCUGACAUGUGUUUGAAAAAAGCUGAGACUUCCGUUUUUAAA